CAUGUCUUCCACCAACAAGAUCUCGCUGAAGCUGCUUGUGGACACCAAGUCCAAGAAGGUGCUGUUCGCGGAGGCCGGCAAGAAGUUCGUCGACUUCGUCUUCAGCCUGCUCACGCUCCCCGUCGGCGCCGUCGCCAAGCUCAUCUCCGCCGGCGCCAUGCACGGCAGCAUCGGCCGGCUGUACCAGAGCGUGGACGACAUCGGCGGCUGCUACCUGCUCCCCGGCAAGGACAAGGCCGACCUGCUCCAGCCCAAGGUGCUGCACCCGGACACCCGCGAGCUGCUGCUGCUGCAGGGCGGCGUCCGCGCUGGUAAGGGCCAGGAUGAGGACGCCGCGUCGUCGCCGCUGGCGAGGUUCAAGAUCUACACCUGCGCCGGCUACUGCGCCACGGCCACCAUGGAGGCCAAGGCUGCGUGCCCGCAGUGCAAGCAGGCGAUGGCCACCGAGGUGACGUUCGUGCUGCCAUCCGCCGCGCCCAAGGCCGCGUCGUCGUCGUCUGGCGGCGCCGGCGGAGACGAGGGUGGCGGGUACGUGAAGGGGCUCGUGACGUACAUGGUGACGGACGGGCUGGAGGUGACCCCCAUGUCCGCCAUCUCCAGCAUCACCCUCAUCAACAAGUUCAGCGUCAACAAGGACGUGGAGCUCGCCGAGAAGUUCGUCAGCGUCGGCAUGGACGAGGGGCUCGGCCUCCUCAAGGCGGCGCUGCGCUCCGACACCGUGCUCUCCGACGUCUUCCUCGCCAAGAAGAAGUGA